UAUAUUCUUAAAUGUUUGUAAAAACAGCACAGUUCUUCGUGUUCUGCGUCUCAAAAAUGGCUCAUUCAAAUAAUUCAUAAACCGAUGUUUAUGUCGUCUCAGAAUGCACCCGCGGGUGUUAACGUGACCGUUUGGUUAUUUUUGAAGACUGUCCUAGUGGUUAGAGAGUGGUCAAAACCAAGAGGCAAAUUUUCUUUACAAUAUGAAGUUCCCAACAUCUUAACAGGUUCUGUUUAGCUGCAGUUCAGAUAUUAUUCCAAAUUAGCUCUAAAUUGUAGCUCUUGAUACAUUUUUUUUGAAUUUGUGAACUAUAGAGCUAGGAAUUACUUAUUUGAGUGAACAUUCAGAAUUGAUACCCAGGUAAAAUGGCACUAAUUUGCAUUAAUUUUAUUGUCGACCACUCUUGCAUAGAAUAUCAAUGUAUAUCAUGUAUAUCAGACUUUUGAAGAGCUUUGAUUGCCAAAAAUCCACCAGGUCCAUCUUUUUCUGUUUUGCAGGUUUAAGAAGAUCCUCUAAAAUUAGUACUUUCUCCAUUUAUGGUUAUGAUACUCAAAUUUGGAAAAAUUCAACAAGGAAGAGUUAAAAUUGCCACAAGAUGCCACCAAAUAAAAGCAAGAGAGUUCGGGAAGACUUGUCUGAUGAAGAAAGACCUACAAAAAAAACGUGCACAGAUAUAGACAUUGUUGAAGAUGAAUCAGUGUUCACUACAGGUGAUGGAUCAGGUUCACUAUGUAAAGGGCAACUUAAAAGUCCUGCACCAACAAUUGGACAUCAGAAACCUGCAGAGUUGUUUAGGAAAGAUUUGAUUAGUGCUAUGAAGCUUGCAGACUCUGAACAAUUGACUCCAGAAGAGUACCUGUAUAUAACAGAUUCAUGGAAACAGGAUUGGGAGAAAGGUGUUCAAGUUCCUGUAAAUGAAGAUCUUAAACAUGAACCGCAGAUCAGGGAGAAUGGGGAAAAAUGCAAAACAACUGGAGAUUUUAAAAUGCCUAGAAAACUAUUACACAGUUGUAAAGACGAAACUUAUAAACAAGGUGACCAUGAACUGACAGGAAUGCAACAGUUAGCAGAUCAAGUUGUACGGUAUGACCUUGAUGACCUUGAUGUGUCUUGGUUAGACAGUAUGAAUGCAGAAAGAUUAGGAUUAGGAUUAAUAAAUAUUCAUGAAUGGAUAAUGGAAAGAGUUAUAGAAGGAUUAGAAAACCAGUAUUAUGAACAAGCAGAGAAGAAGAAAAAGACAGAAGAAGGUUUAGGAAUAGAAUAUGAUGAAGAUAUUGUUUGUGAAGUGUGUAGAUCUCCAGAGAGUGAAGAAUGUAACGAGAUGGUGUUUUGUGAUGGCUGUGAUAUUUGUGUUCACCAGGCCUGUUAUGGUAUACAGAAAAUUCCUGAAGGCAGCUGGUUGUGCAGACCAUGUGCCCUAGGUAUUAAACCCACAUGUAUAUUGUGUCCUAGGUCUAGUGGUGCAAUGAAAAGUACAAGGAGUGGAACUAAAUGGGCUCAUGUAAGCUGUGCACUCUGGAUACCUGAAGUAAGCAUAGGUGAUGCUGAGAAAAUGGAACCAGUUACUAAAAUAUCUCAAAUACCUGCUAGUCGAUGGGCAUUAAUUUGUUGUCUAUGUAAAGAGAGGAAAGGAGCCUGUAUUCAAUGUUGUGUAAAAGCUUGUAAAACUGCCUUUCAUGUAUCAUGUGCUCAUCAUAAUAACUUAGAAAUGAAAACUGUACUGACAGAUGAUGUUGAUCUGGAUGGAGGUUUGAAAUUAAAGGGUUACUGUCCCAGACAUAGUAAAAAUCGUGAUAGGAAAGGAUCAGAGUCUGACACUGAUUCUCCGAGGAAAAGUCCACCUGGAUCUCCUAGGAAAGGGCUAACAGAUGAAGAAAUAGCUAGAAUGAGGGCAGAAAAAACGAAGAAACUGCAAGAGGAAUUUUACAGUAUAAUUAAUUUAGAUGAGCUAUCCAGAACAUUAGAGUUAGAUAUAGACAUUAUAGAAAGUAUAUAUGAAUAUUGGAAACUUAAACGAAAGUCAAUGUUUGGUGCACCUUUAUUAACUCCUAAAACUGAGGAGGAAGAUUUCUUUGAAAAACAACAAGAAGAUAGUUUAUUGUCUAGAAUGAAGAUGUUUGUACAGCUUAGACAAGAUUUAGAGAGGGUUCGUAAUUUGUGUUAUAUGGUCAGUAAACGAGAGAAAAUGAAGAAACAGUACUAUAAAUCUAGAAUUGAAGCAUUCCAUGGACUCAAUGAGGCAUUAGUUGACAUGCGUCUCUCAGAUAGAGAGGCACAGAAAAUUGUUGAAUUAUACCCAGAAAACAAUAUAUACUACAAUUUUGACCCUAGUGCUUAUGAAACAUCCCCAGAGAUAAAAGAUGAAAUCAAGGACUUAAAUUCAGAAAAUAGAGAAAGGAGUUUUACUGACUUCAUCUUGCAAGAUGAUGACACACAAGACUAUAUUCCUGAACUAUCAUCCUUUUCUCCACGUAAGGAUGCGGGUGAUGCUGGUUCAGAAAUGGGAUUUUCUGGGAAGUUAGUUUCUGAAAACUUACGGAACACUUUGACUAUUGAACCAGAUAGGUUAGUUCAGACUAAAAAAGAAAGGUAUAAACGUAAAAAAGAAUUGAAGGAGAGAAAUUUCUGUGAUGUUUUUAUUAUGAGCCCUGAUGAAGUGGACAUGACAAAAAGUGGUGAUUACCGUCUGCGUAGUACAACUUUUACAGGUAUAAGUCUGAUUAAAGCAGACACUUCUAAACAUGAACAGAUAAGAAGAAAAACAAUAGAUUCUUUAGAAACCAAAGCCUAUAACCAAGAGGAAGAAAGUGAUCCAUCAGCUUCACCUAUAAAACGUGAAUUACGGACACGAAGACAAACAUGCGAUGCUGAUAUAUUUCCCAAUGAAAAUUCUAAAUCUCCACGUGAAUUAAGAAGUUCUUCGAUAAGUGUCAAAGAUGAACCAAAAGAAAUUAGUGUUAUUAGAAAUUUGUCUAAAUCUUCAAAGGCUGGCAGUGUUACUGAACGUGUAAAAGCUGAAUUGAACAAUUAUAUACUUGGUUCAAAAUUAGUGGUUGCAGAUUAUAUAAAAGAUACUGUACAAAAAGGACUAUUAGAAAAUAAGAGAGUUUUACGUAAUAAUUUCCUCAAUGGAAUGAUUGAUCGAUCAAAAAAGAAAGAAAAUUGUGUGAAUAGUAACAUCAGUUCUCCAGUUUGUUUGUCUCCUGUGAAUGGGAGAAGAUCUAUAUCACGAGUAUUAAACGAAAUAUCUCCAUCCAGAGCUAGCACUCCCAGUGAUAAUAGUUGGUGCAAAAAUCUCCGUGGUUCUCCUCGUACACCUUCACAUAUAGUAAAUGGUGAAAAUAGUUUGUUGGAUCGAAAUUCUCCAGGACCGGCUACAAGAAGUUCUCGUCGCAAAACAGACAAUGGGUACGAUUCUGACAGUCGGGAAGCAUUUAGUGCAAGAAGUAGUAGGGAAAAUUCUCCUGCUAGCAUAAGAAGUUUUAGGCGUGGAUUGAAAAUGAGAUCAGACUCACCUUCAUCACGUAAAAGUUUUACAGAUUCUAACCAUGGCUUUGUAGAUGUAGAAAAUAUUUAUACAGAUUCUGAUAAUACUCCGGUAAAAAGAGUGACAAGAAGUCAAGUCUUCAGUGAUAAUGAGAGCUCAAGAGAAUCGUUAGAUUUUAAAGAUAAAUUUUCUAGUGUAUUGUCAUAGCAGAAUUUUUUAAUUGUUGUCUAUGAAUGGCAUUAAUUUGUAUUAAUAUGAAGGCAGCUAAAAACCUUUUGUUCAAAAUCAAUGACACAAGCCAUAUUUAUGUGUUUCAUUUAUAAACCUUUACAGAACAAUUUAAAUUGUCACAUGCCAUAAAUUGCCUGACCCUUUAAAGUAAGAUUAGGUUAUCAGGAAUUUGAUUCUUAAAAUUUUCCACUAAAUAACAUUUUUUUUUUACUUUUUUUGGUGAGACAUGAGAUGUGUUUUUUAGACACAACCAUUUAAAGUUGUACUUCACUGUUUACUAAAACCAAUGUUGGCGGCAUUAUAUUCAUAAUGCAGUGGGGUCAUCAUCUUUGAAUGGUAUCAUUUAAAAGAAGAUGAAGCCUAUAAAACAUGGUAAACUGCUAAAAAAAACCUCAAACAAAAAUGAAAAUAAUAAAUAACUUGGGGUCAGUAAUAUUUUCUAGUCAAUGGAUGAUAUUUUUUUGACUGGUUGGGAUAUCGAUAGUUAAAAUUAUGAUUUAAUUUUUGUCACAACUGAUCACAUGUUCAUAUUUACUACAUUUUUGUACUUUCAGGAAAUAUAACUCAAUGGCAUGAUUCUUUUCCGUUAUACAUGUAUAUUGAAAUUUGUUUCAUGGUUUCACAUAUAUUUUUUUUGUAUUAUUAAUAGGAUUAUUAUAAGAAUUUGUUUUAAUGAAAUGAAGAUGUAAGUUCAUUGUUAUAAAUGAUAAAAGAACUGAAAGGGCAAGUUAUGCAUUUGUUUGUGUAAACUUACAUUACUGCAAUGUUAUGUAUUUAUUUUUGGUUGGCUUUCAAUUUGUCAUCAUAAGAUGAUUAAUUAGAUAUAAGAAGAUGUGGUAUAAGUGCUAAUGAGACAACUCUCCAUCCAAGUCACAAUUUGUAAAAGUAAACUAUUAUAGAUCAAAGUACGGCCUUCAACACAGAGCCUUAGCUCACACUGAACAGCAAGCUAUAAAGGGCCCCAAAAAUUAAUAGUGUAAAACCAUUCAAACAGGAAAACCAAUGGCCUAAUCUAUAUAAAAACGAGAAACGAGAAACACUUAUUAACCAAUUGCUGGUUUACAGUAUAUGAUAAUAUUUUUUUUCUUUAAUGUUCUCAUCACCAGGAUAGUGACAGUUAAUUUUAUUUCUUAUUAUAAAGCAGUCUUGUAAUCCUGCAAUGUCUUGAGUUCACAAUUAACGCUUGUUGGACCAGUUAAAAGAGAUUUUUCCACUAACUCAAUGUUGGAAUAAGGUUUGGAAAUUUUUGGUUAUCAUUGAUUCUUCAUUGAAAUAUUUUGCUGUCCUGUAAUGAAAAUUUUUCAACUAGAUCUGAUGUCGAGAUCAUCAUCCACCACCGUUGUGAUCUCUGAACAAUGCAAGAAAACUAUGCUUGUAAUAAAAAUUAUUAGAAUGAUUUGCAUGAAAUUUUUAAUAUGACAAUAAAACUUUUUUAGUUGCAAAAUUAUGGAAAUUUGUAUGGUGAAAGGUUAUGCAGCAUAUAGUUUCAUUCUUAUUUUUUAUUCCCCAAAUUGGUUUCCAGAUGACAACUUGAGUUAGCCUCCAAAAAAUCGUUGAGAAGAUCUAAUUGAGGGACCAAUUUACAUCAAUCCAGUUUGAAUUUGAUCUGUUUCAAUUUUGUCUUUUCAGAUUAAGUAAAUUGAUAAGGGGAACAAUAACAAAUUUUGGGUUUCUGAAUGAUACAAUGUAACUUAAAUAAGCCUCAACCAAAUCAUUUUAAAUGUUGUUAAGGACCAGGAAGUAGAAUAGAUAUUUGAUGUACAAACUGCCCAAAAACCAAGCUAUUUUUGUUAUAACAUAGUAAACCCAAUGUCCUUCAUAAAUAGCAUAUACUAGUCCCUCCUACAUUAAAUAGGUUGGGCAUCUGUGUCCCAUGGACACAUUUUUUUUUUAUCUUAUAUUAUUUUAUUAUAACCACUACAUGUAGGUGAUUUAGAUAUAAUCUGACUUUAGAAGAUACAAACAAUCAACGUUGUGCUUUAUGGCUGACAUGUUCCCAACUUCUCUUUAUUUGCAUUUAUCUAUCAUGGAUUAUCAACAUUUCAAAAUCUCUCACUGAUAACAUGCAAGAGUUUAUGCAAUUACAAUUGUUCGGUAAUAAUGGCUUGUUAAUCUGUCAAAUAUUGAAUUUUUAAACAUUUUUAUUUAUAUUUUUUUUUAGUUGUAGUAAAGAUAAAAAAGUCUUAUUUUUGUUGAGACUAUAUAUUCAAAAGUUUUACUGAAGUUUUUGGACGAAAGAAAUCACUGUACUAUCACACUGAUUUGUUAUAUCUUAAAUAUUUAUUUUUUUGUGUAUUUGUUCUGUAGGACCAGUGACACUAUGUAUUGAUAUUGGUGGGGAUUCAUUGUUCUUCUAGUGACUGAACUUUUUUAAGUAAGCUUAAGGUUGUCAGUAAAUAUUUAAAAAAAAUGUAUUUCAAUUAUGGGGGUUUCAAUAGUUGUGCUUUCUACAUAAAAAAGUUUGUAUUUCAAUUUGGGGGGCUUCAAUAGUUGUGCUUUCUGCAUUUUUCAGACCAUUUAAACUUGUAUAGGGCUUAUAUUUUUUUGAAGUCUGAUAACAGCAUUAGUCAAUAGUAACCAGGUGAGCAAUACUUGAUCCUGGGAUCUUUGUAUUAAUAUCAUUAAGUUUGCAAGAGCAUUUUUAAAAAAUAUAAUGUAAAUAUGUCUAUUUUAGAUAAAUAUAUAUAGUUCUGUGUAGUAUAGAGCAUGUAUUUAAUGUAUAUUACUGCUGUGGAAAUGUAUAUUUGUACAUUAUUUGUACAUGCAAAACAUCUGUGGUCGAAAUUAAACAAAAAACAUACAGAC